GGCUACCACCACCAGGAUAUUUCUAGUCGGCUCCGCGGCGACUUACUAGUUGAUCGUGUGUGCGCGCGGAGCGUCGUUUGUGCGUGCCGAUACGGAGCGGGCUCCGGAGCUAGUUCGCUCGCGUCUCCGUCGCGUUCCCCUGCUCGAAGUUGUUACCCCGUGACGGAUGUGAGCGACCGCGAUGAGCGAGAGGAAAAAGAUACCACCGACCCGGAGACGGGUAGAGGAACCGGCGGCGACGAGGUCAAGGGAGCCGAUCAAGCCCCCGAGGACGAGGAACCAGCCGAUCCGCGCGAACGAGACCGCCAGCCAGCGGAACGCGAAUCGUGCCGAGAAAGUUGCGAUGACGACCUUAGACGAGAAUGUGAACCGUGUGCCACGGGUCUAUACAACAAACGAAUCAGCGGAGUACCCUGGCUGGACGGAAAGAAUAGAACGGCUACAGAAAGAAAGCGAAAGCAUAUCGAACCCGGCUAGACCGGUGCACAUUGUACUGGCUCAUCCAGAUCACACCUUCGAGUUGAACGAGGAAGCCUUGACAGAGAUCCUUCUCCAAGAUGACGUCAAAGAUAGGAGCGUCGUUGUUGUUUCGGUGGCAGGAGCUUUUAGAAAAGGCAAGAGCUUCCUGCUCGAUUUCUUCUUGCGAUACAUGAACUGUAAGUACGACAACAACAAUGAAACGGACUCCUGGCUGGGUAAAGACGACGAGCCGCUCAGCGGAUUCUCGUGGAAAGGUGGUUCAGAGCGAGACACGACGGGGAUCUUAAUGUGGUCGAAAGUUUUCCUCGGCACCUUGCCGACCGGCGAGAAGGUGGCCAUCAUUUUAAUGGAUACGCAAGGCGCGUUCGACAGCCAGUCCACGGUCAGGGACUGCGCGACCGUGUUCGCGUUGAGCACGAUGGUGUCGUCCGUGCAGAUCUACAAUCUGUCGCAGAACAUUCAAGAGGAUGAUCUUCAGCAUUUGCAACUGUUCACCGAGUACGGCAGGCUGGCGUUGGAGAAGUCCGGGCGCACGCCGUUCCAGAAGUUGCAGUUCUUGGUCAGAGACUGGAGUUACCCGUACGAGGCGAAUUAUGGCGCCGAAGGUGGCAACACGAUCUUGAAACGCAGGCUGGAAGUCUCGAACAAACAGCACUCUGAAUUGCAAAGCCUGAGGAAGCACAUCAAGUCCUGCUUCUCGGACAUAUCCUGUUUCCUCAUGCCACACCCGGGUCUAAACAUCGCCACGAACCCGAGAUUCGAUGGCAGACUGUCCGAGAUCCAAUCGGACUUCAAGGAGCAGCUCAGGGAGCUGAUACCGAUGAUAUUAGCGCCAGAAAAGUUAGUCACGAAGAAGAUCAAUGGCCAGGUCGUGAAGGCGAAGGAUCUGUUGGAGUAUUUUAAGAGUUACAUGAAAAUUUACAAGGGAGACGAACUCCCGGAACCUAAAAGUAUGUUGGUGGCAACGGCGGAAGCGAACAACUUGACCGCGGUCGCGGAAGCUAAGGAGCUCUACAUAAAGUCGAUGGAAGACGUUUGCGGCGGGAAAAAACCGUUCUUGGGAACGGCGCAUUUGGAAUCCGAGCAUUUGCGUUGCGUCGACAAAGCUAUUUACGUGUUCCAAAAUAAGAGGAAAAUGGGAGGCGAUGAGUUCAGUCAGACUUACAUGGAGAAGUUGAAGAAGGACAUGGAUGAUGCUUUCACUCAGUUCAAGGAGCACAAUGAGAGUAAAAACAUUUUUAAGGCAGCCCGUACUCCAGCAGUGUUUUUCGUGAUUGCUACCCUCAUGUAUUUCUUAUCCGGAAUAUUUGGUUUUACUGGUUUAUACCCUAUAGCAAAUAUUUUCAAUUUUGCUCUUGGUGUUUGUAUAGUAACACUUAUUUUAUGGACGUAUAUAAGGUACAGUGGUAAUUUCAGAUCAUUCGGUUCGGCAUUAGAUGAUGUGGCAAAUGCCUUGUGGUAUAAUUUCAUGAAACCACUCUACCAACAAUUUGUGGAGCAGUCAGUUUCGGUAGCAGUGGCACGUGCUGCUGAAGCGGCAACAAACACAACAUUGAAUGCCACCAUCACUGCCAAUGGCAAGCCUAAGCUAGCGUAACAUUCAUUCCCUUCUUCAUACCUCAGUUUUUUGACUCCAUUGAACCGUGCAUCAGUGUAUUAAAAUCCAGUAAGUGGCAUUGCAAAAUUUCAUUUCGAUCAUACAAUACGAGGCCAUAAAUAUAGCUCCUUGUUCCUUAAGUCACAUCAAGAGAUGCUUCGUUAAUUGCAUUAAUCCCGAAACAACUGUGAACGUAUGUACAGCGAAUUUUUAUUAAAUUACAACACUAAAUUACUGCAAAAUGAUAUUAUAGUGCGAAUAAAAUCUGUUACUUUGGGGUUGUUAACGUUUAUAAUUGAUUGCAAUCGUUUCUUUUAUAUUGAAAAAAUACACAUAAUAAAAAAGAAAAACAAUGUAAGAGAGAUACACGUACUUAAAAUAGCAAUGUAAGAGAACUACACCUACUCGAAAUAACAAUAUAAGAGAUACACAAGUACUUAUAAUAAUAUUUUAAAUGAUUAAAAUGUUUACGUGCAUUUGAUGGUCACAAAACCGAACAUAUUAAGAUAUUUUUUAAAAAACGAAAUUGAAUAACACGCACUUUGUACAUUUUUGCAUUGCCCUAAGUACGAUCUAGCAUAGCUAAAUUAUACAUAACAUAGCAUACAAAAUUAUGUCUGUGCCAGAUUUAUUUAUUGUAACGAUAAUUUUUUUAAUAAACAAAAGUGUAAAUAUUU